UGUCCCAGAUGACAUUGAAAGAACAUGUCACCAUGACCUGUUAAGACUUCAGGGAACGCAUGGCUGAGGUUAAGGAAAUCUCCCUGGUAAUUAAUCUCCCUUCUUUCAUCAACUGAGUGUAAAUGAAUACAGGUGGCCUGAAGUGUUGGUGACAACGCUUGUCUUACAUCACCCCGCUUAUGAGAUGGCACAGAGGUCCAGGAGUCACCUCAGGGAAAGAAGUGGAAAGCUGGAGAUCUGAAAGCUGGAGAUCUGCAUGAAAAAAAGAGGGUCCUAGAACAGAGGAGUGGCAUUCACUGAGGCACUGGCCUUCGGGAUUCAUGGCAGCUCACAGGAUUCACCCACAAAGCCAGGUGACAGGAAUCUCCUUUCUUCAUCAUGCCGGAGAAGUGCCUUCAGAUCAGCAUCAUAAAAGAGGUCACAGCUGCCUUCCCACCAGAAAAUGUCUUGUGACUUCCUGUGUGGCAUUUCUUGUACUCGGAGCUGUUAUCACAGUGAUUGCUGUUGGGAUCACCUUCGGGAAGCCUGCAAAUCGGAUGUCUCACCAAUGCAGAGCAGCCUCACAGCAACCAGGCUUCCUGUGUGAGGACCACACCACUUGCUUGCUGCCCUCUCUGCUUUGUGAUGGCAAGAUGGACUGUGGCGAUGGUGGAGAUGAAUCUGCUACCUACUGUGGUCAAAUGCCCAACAGUCUCCCACCAAACUUGAUUUUCAAGUGUCCCAACCAGAAGACAUGGAUAUAUGUGGACAGGGUCUGUGACACAAGGAAUGACUGUGGUGACUGCUCAGAUGAGUCAGUUUCACAGUGCCCAUCGUGCUCAGGCUGGAGAUGCGAUACUGUUUUCUUCGCUGACUGUGCCUGCAUUCCUAAAAGUCGCUGCAGAAACGGCAUCCAAGACUGUGCUGACUGGAGUGAUGAAAACCUGUGUGAUUAGGUUUAUAAUAGGGGUUUCAGAAAAGCUGAAAAGUUUUUUUUUUGUUUGUUUUUUGUUUUUUUUGCCUUACGACUUCCCUCAAAGUAUUGGCAUGUCUGUCUUCCGUGUCUACCUUCCUGGAAUGUAGGGUAAGGAAGAACCUGUGUCCCCUGUUAACAAAGGAAACAGGCAGAAAUCAGAUGCAACUAUAGAUCCCUGUUGUAAAUUUGUUUGCAAAUAGCCACAGGGUUAUGUGGGAAGCACACAAAUGUACCCUUUAUCUCAACCAGUAUGAAGACCUUUACCCUAAGAACUUUUGGAGAUGCCUAGCUCCCUGGUCUCAAAUUUAGCGGAAAAUUAAGUUUUGAAAUUUUAUUUUUAAAUUAGCAUAUCAAGUAUUAAAAAUCAUGCAUUUUUCAGCCCA